GACAGAGCGCGAGCCAAGGUGGGGGGAGAGAGAGAGAGAGAGACACAGAAUCUGAAGCAGGCUCCGAGCCGUCAGCACAGAGCCUGACGUGGGGUUCAAACUCACAAACCGUGAGAUCAUGACCUGAGCUAAAGUUGGAUGUUUAACUGACUGAGCCACCAGGAACCCCCAUAGAAGUGCUUUUAAACCCAUCAGGGUGUCAUGUGUAAGAGGUAGCACAUUUACCUUCGUGGGAAGAGAAUUAGGACUGAUGGGUGAAAAUUACAAGGUGGGAUAUUUUGGUUUCAACAUGAAGGUUAAUUUUCUGAAAAAAACAUCCCCCAAACUCAAGAGGCUACUUGGGAAUAGUGGGGCUCAAGUCUGUGGAAGAAACCACGUCAUGCCGAGUUUUCCAUGGUUCAGGAGGUGGGGAGAAAUCGAUCCCAGUGUUUUGGUGGGUGUAGGACAUUCAUGGGUGACCUACUCUGAGUUACCAUUGGCCAGUUGCAUAGCGGUCUGCCAGUGUUGGUCGUGUCUUUGUCGUCUUAUCCAGGAGGGAGCUUUUAGGCCAGGCCAGAGGGAAAGAGGGUACCACUGAGGCAGAGGAGUAAGGGAAAUAUUUGGGACCGGUGGGAUCUGGCAAUGUUUAUCUUCCAGAUACGGCUCUAACACUUGACCAAGGGCUAGGGAGAGAGGAAUGACUCAGAGAGUAAAUGGUCCUGACCUUCCGUCACUUCCCAAACCAACCUCCCACACAGGACCGUUUGUAAACAACGCAAGGGAACAACAGUUCCUUGUAGAUUCUGUAAAUGUGAUUAAGGUUCUGCUGAAGACAGAGGUUCAGAGUGUGCCCAAGGGUAGGGGCCAGGAGAUAGGACCAGUCAGGGGUCUGGGGUCCGGGGCAAGGGCUGAGCUGCAGCCUGUGUGAGUUUUCUCAUCAAAGCGUUACGCUGAUUUAGGCCCUGGGUAUUGGGCCAUUUGUGUCCUGUGCGUUCCCUCGGAGGCAGUCCAGUGCGGGUUUAUGGAGAAGGGGCUGCAGAAUAGGACAGCCCCUGGCUUGACUCUGAGCCUGGCUACAUAUUAGCCUUGUGGGUUUAGGUUAAUUGCUUCUCUACUGUGAGUCUGUUUCUUCAUCUGUAGAAAGGGCAGUGAUUGUGCCCUCCUUACCUGAUAGGUAUGGGGACUGAAUGAGACCUCCCUUCAUAAGGCACUGAGCACCAUGUCUGGCACACGAUUUAUUAUUAUUAUUGUUAUUAUUAUUAUUAAAUUAACCUCUGUCUGUGAAAACCAUUCUCCCCCUCCUGCACCCUCUUUGCUUUUCUAUGGCCGUGAACCUCGUCACAGGCACAUUUGACACUGAAAUCCCCCUGCUGGACCUCACUUGGUUAACAAGAAUCACUGGGUCCCACACAUGAAAACACCCACAUCCUUGGCCAUCAGUGUUCCGCCACCCUCCCUCCCACCUUCUCUGAUGUGGCAGGAACAGAGAUGUCAUUCAGAGCCUCGGGUCCGGACAUAAGGCAAGAAAUGCCCUGAGGUUACUCACUGUUCACUCAGAAGGAAGAGUAGCCGGCCCAUCCGUAAGGAGGUCUGCACCCAGCACUGGGCACCCCCGAGGUCACCUUGAAGGGCCUGCAGAGGAAUCUGUGUCCUGGUGGCCUUAGGCAGCUGCACUACUGGGUCGAGAUGACCACGGCCACCCCGUUGGGGGGGACUACCUUCUUCUCACUGAACGUGACCACCAGAGAACAGGACUUUCUGUACAAGAGUUCCGGAGCCAUCGUUGCUGCCAUUGUCGUGGUUGUCAUUAUCAUCUUCACCGUGAUUCUGAUCCUGCUGAAGAUGUACAACAGGAAAAUGAGGACAAGGCGGGAACUGGAACCCAAGGGGCCCAGGCCAUCCUCCCCUUCUGCCUUGGGCCCAAACAGCAACAGCGGCCAACACCCUGCAACUGUGACCUUCAGCCCUGUUGACGUCCACAUGGAGACUCGGUGACCCCCACCCUGGUGCUAUCUUGGCCACCAUCCAAAGAGCCUUCUCCCGUCAAGACCCAGAAGCACAUUUCUCCUCUGGCAGCUUCAUUAUGAGUUCCUUCUGGUCGACAGGGGCGUCUCUUAUUCAAUUCCUGAUGCUUCAGGCAACCCCUAACCCUGUCCCACCCUGCACCACCCUGGCUAUGUCCAUAUCCCUAUUGCCCCCCCUUACAAAAAGCUAUGGAACAUUCUUUUGUGAUCUGAUGAGGUAGACCCAGGUUGGGAAUCCACUGAAAUGGAUGUGGCUGUCUUCCCCAAACACAGUUGCUAGACAGACAGACAGACGCAUAGCCCAGGAGUCUUCUGGUCAGGAGGCAGGGGUUAGGGCAUGCCCCCGAGUGUACAACAGGGUCUGCCACUGGGGUCAGAUCAGAAUGAGUGCCAUCUAUAUCCACGGCUUUGCAGAGCAAAGUAUUCAGUCCCAUUAAUCAGGCACGGGGGAACUAACUUGGGCUAACUAACCAGAAAACCAGCUUGUUAAUUUAUAACUUGUUCCAGUACUGGAGGACCGCUAGCUAGCUCACGACAACCGGUCAGCACGUUUCUCCCUCUUUGAGAAACGCUAUGGGAGAAACUAAAUUCUUCUUGAAAUGUUUCUACUUCAUUUGUAAAGAGUCCGAGAGGGACUAGGGUGACCUUGAGGAAUGAUGGCCUCUAGGGCAAAAGCUUAUUGCUGUGUCGCUGGGCCUUGAAUGAGUCUGGGGCUAGUCAGAGCCCCUCUUCUCCCUUUGGGGCUGCGUUAAGCCUGACUCAGCCUCAUUUCCUGGCUCUCCUCUAUUUGGAUUCCCAGCAAUCCUCUCUGUCCGGGUAAACCUUCCUUCCAAGGACCAGUAUUAGAGACUGAUAAGAUUACAGCCCCGUGUAUGUUACCUGCGCCCUUCCCGGUCACCUUGCAGAGAUUCAGGGCACGGUCUCAGCACCACAUUCGCACACCAUGUCUCUGCACAGAGCUGAUCUUUUCGACUCUUUAGCCUGGAGAACAAUCUGUUGAGAGGGGAAAGCAUUUUUGAGAUUAAGAAGACUUGUCUCCCAAGACCUGCCGCCUGGUCGUGUGGCCUUGGAAGAGUGACUUGAGCGCUCCAUAGUUGGUUUGCUAACCCCAAAGUGGGAAUGAUGACAUCUGCCCCCCCGGGGUUACGAUAAUCAGCCACGGACGUAGUGAAGCACCAGGGGUAGUGCACGGCACCCAACAGAUGCUUAAUAAAUGACAGCCAGCAUUGUUUAUGGCAGUCAGAAUAGGUCUUAAAAUCAAUGGGUCCGUUACCGUAGUUGUACUCUUUCUCUCUCAAAAAGCUGGUUUUUAAUCAGUUGUGCAUCUUACCGUUGAAGGCAUCUUGGAAGCAAGGUAAUAAAUCCUUCUCCCGUUCUAGAAAGUAACACACGCUGCCCUUUAACCUCACAUUCUAGGAGUGUCUCCCUCUUGGAGUCAGAAAUCUCCUUUGAGGGGAAAUCGAGGGUCAGGAAGGUAAAAAGACUGACCCAGGGUCACAGAGUCCUGCCAUCCCAUGAUAAAAAUGCUCACUUGAAUAUGUCUGGAAAAAUGCUUGCAAAUUCGUCCUCCCCAGACAACAUUUGUCCCUACUGUGUUUAAAUAUCCACCAAGUACCAGGUCCUUGGCAAGAUGCUUUCACAUAAAUUGUCCCACAGGAUUUAUUUUUCCCAAUAAUCCUGGGAGGUAUUAUUUUUUUCUGUUUGCAGGUGAGAAUUGCAAACUCAAGGAGAAAGGUACUUGCCCAAAGUCCCACAGCUAUUAAGUUGCAAAGACAAGACUCAAACUCACGUCUCUUCGACUCCAAAGUCCCUCUCUCUCUGUUGUACCAAAUUAUUCCCUAACCUCCUGGCUCAAAACACAAGAGUGUGAGCCAAACAAGAGGAGGACAGGGGUCCAUGUGUCUGAGCGGAAGUCAGGAAUCUAGCUUCCAAACUAACAGUGGGGACAAAGCCAUUCUGGUAGCCUCCUUUGGGCUUCCAUGAUUGGAGCCAAAGGACCCCUUUCUAAGCCCAUGGAAGCCCUAAGGAUUCUCGUCUCAUUUCCCCUAACAUUUUCCCCAAGGAGCAAGGGGUAGAAUGGCAUCCAACCAGGGCAAAGCCAUUUCCUUAAGGGCUCAAACCCCAAAUAGAUAUGUUUCCCAAAGAUAUUCUGCUUUAAAAAAAAAAGACGUUGGGAAUGUUCCAGCCCUAAAACCAAACUCUUCUACCCAUAGUGAAAUCUAGUAAUUCCGACCAGAGGAAUUAUCCUCUGGUCUAUGUUGUUCUGCUAAAUGAAAGCUUGGAAGUGAAGGAGGGGAGAGAGGGAAAGAGGAAAGAGGAAGGCCAAGAAAAGGGUUUUAGUGUUUUCUUUUUAACUAAUGGAGAUAACUCAGUAAUCCUUUAUGGGCCCCUAUGUGGAAGUUGAGGUGCCACUAAACACAUUAAGUCAUGGUCCCCGUUCUCAAAGAGUCUGCAGCCGGUCUCCCGAGACAGGGAUCUUGCAACACUGCAGAAUUAUUUCAUUUCUGACAGGUGCAUUUCCUAACAGCAGAUGCUGCCUUAUUGGGCCACUGAGUCAAUAAAAGAUACUAAACAUCUAAAGAAAAAUGUCUAAAAAUAAA